UCUUGGAUGAAGAAUGUGGAGCCACAUGCAACCACUGGUCUUCUCUGCAGCAGCUAUGGCUGAACUCUCCGAGUUGGCGCAGUCUCCAGAUGAGAAGGAAAGGCGAGUAGCUCUGCCCUGGUACGAGACGCCUAGGGCAGUGAGCCAUCGUUGCACCGCAGAGGAUGGCAGCCAGACUUCCAUUCGCUCGGCCCCUUCUAUCCGGGAGACACUCCGUGUACCCAGACAUUUAGGAGGGGUUAAUGUUGUGAUCGUCUCCUCCUCUGUGAUGCAAAAUGCUCCUGCUGCUCCGAACAGAGUGGAAACAUUCUUGGAUCCGUGGAAAUUGCACGAAAUGUGUAGCAAGGAGGAUCCCAAUCCUAAUGAUCAAUCCCGUUCGCCAGCAGCGGCGGUGGCGAUGGAGGUCGACUCCCCGAUCGGGUCGUGGUCUGAAGAUGGUGCAACCACAUCUCUUCCAGAGUCAAAAAGGGAUGGUGACGGCCAUGUUCAGUCGACUGUCGAGGUAAUGAACAGUUCAUCUCAAGCUGCAAAAGAGGAGUUCCGGAAGACGGUCUAUAGACAUUUUCAGGACUUGCAGAGUCGUGGCCUUGUGCCUAAUGAGGCGGCGGCACUUGCGUUUAAGCUCGCAUCUGGGGCAGUGGAAGAGCCACCGGACUUGACCUCAUUAUUGGAUUGCCUAUCCAAGGUGAAACUCACUGAUGGCAUGGGAGAUGCUGUCCACCUCAUCGAUGCAACAUUCUCCUCAUUGGACGCGCUGCACAUGAGCUUCCUUCCAAAGCACACCAUCCAGAAAUCGGAAGAAGAGAGUUCAAAAAAAUGUGCAGAGAAGGUUUCCGCUCCAGCAUUGGGAGUGGAUUUCGUGUCGCUGAGGGCGCUGUAUGAAGCGGUUCUGACAUUGGAAAGUCAGGAGGUGGUUGAUGCUCUGAUGUUGUCAAUCGACAAACUUCUUGCGGAGAUGCACCUGGCCAUUGAUGCGCUAUCUUCUUCGUCAGCAGCCGGUGGUACGCGAAUUGCAAGGCCAAUUCUAAUCAUUCUUCAGAAUCCCUUGUUGAUGGAGCCUGAGCAUCAUCGCUUGUUGCACAAGAUAUGGCGUCUCAUCACUUCGCUGCCUUCUCCUUGGCAGGAAAGUCUCAUACGUGCGUUUGCCAGCUCUGGCCGAAUGGAGUUUGAGCACAUGGUUGCUGUGAUACAGCAAUUCGUUACAAUCCAUCUCUAUGAAGCGCUUCAAAUUGAUGAAGCAGUAGAGAUGGCGACAAGGGUUUUGGCGCUUUUGGACAACGCCAACGAAAGGAGUCGGAUUGCAAAGUACACAAUCUUCUAUAAUGACGCAGUGAACAACGACGAGUUCAACAUCAAGGAAGAUUUCCGAAGAUUCAAGCAUCCAGAAAGGUACAAUUUCUCAUUCUGUAAGUACCCUUUCAUUUAUGACCCAUCCAGCAAGAGCCGACUGCUCCAGAUGGAGUCUGAGGAGACGAUGAACGAGGAGUUUGAAGGAGCAAUUCUGCAAUCAAUCUUUGUGGAAGCCACGUGCCCAUACUUGGUCCUGACGGUUAGACGUUCACAUCUCAUCCAAGACACGUUGGAACAGAUUCAAGAUUCCACAGAUCUGAAAAAGAAGCUGAAGGUCAAGUUUCUUGGGGAGGAGGGUGUUGAUGAGGGUGGAGUGCAGAAGGAGUUCUUCCAGUUGAUAGUAAGGGACAUUUUUGACCCCAAGUACGGGAUGUUCACGUACGAUGAACAAACGCGUCUGUACUGGUUCAGCUCUGGCGACUCCAUGGACUUGUUGUUCAUGGAGGAGUAUGAGCUCAUUGGAGUCAUCAUAGGGCUGGCCAUUUACAAUGGACACAUACUAGAGUUCCGAUUUCCGAAUGUCAUUUACAAGAAGUUGAUGGGGAAGCCCGUAACGUUUGAAGAUCUCGUGGAGGUUGCGCCGGAUUUGGCAAGAGGGUUGAGCCAGCUGCUCAGCUUUGAAGGGGAUGUAGAGUCAGUGUUCUGCAGAAGUUUCCAGGUGUCGGUGAGGGAUGUGUUUGGUACCAUUAAGACAGUGGACCUGAAGGAGGACGGAGGGAACGUUAUGGUUACAAAGGAGAACAGGCAGGAAUAUGUGGACAUGUACACCAAGUAUUACCUGGAGAAGUCGAUCGAAUGGCCGUUUCAAGCGUUCAUGAAAGGGUUCAAGCGGCUAUGUGGUGGCCGAGUUCUGCAGUUUUUCCGACCAGAGGAGCUCGAGCAACUCAUUUGCGGAAGCCCGUACCUGGACUUCGAGGCCCUGGAAAGGGGAACGAUAUACGAUUAUGGGUACUCAAAGGACAGUCAGGUUAUCCGCGACUUCUGGCAGGUGGUUCAUUCGUUCUCGGACGAACAGAAGAAGCGGCUGCUCUUCUUUGCAACAGGAAGUGACAGAGCACCAAUCAAAGGCCUUGCCAACCUGCCCUUUGUCAUUUCGCGCAAUGGUCCAGACUCCGAUCGCCUGCCUACAGCUCACACUUGCUUCAACCAUCUUUUGCUGCCGGAGUACUGCAGCGCAGAUAAGCUGAAGGAAAGGCUGCUGAUGGCUAUCAAUGAUGCAGAAGGAUUUGGGUUGAUGUGAUGAACAGAGGCUGAAGAACUUGUUUUGCAGCUGAGCUGGUUGCAGUGUCUGAGUUCUUGAACUCCCAUUUUAGGGAUGAAGCUGGCUAGUGGAGUUUUGCUGGAUGACAGGGAAGUCGGAAACACCAAGAACCUGAUUGAGGGUGUCCUCUGCUAACCAGCGUUCGCCUCACGCCAUAUUUCAUUUGGAAGAGCGCUCGCUCAUCGCUCAAUGAAAUUAAGUUCGAACACUGAAGUUCGAUGGCAAAGCUCAACCAUUCAUGUGGGCUGGAAUGCCCCUGGGCAGCAAGCUCUCAUUCAUGGCUUAGGGUUUUGGGGAGAUCGCUAGUCAUUCGUUCAGUGUGUGGACGCUGUUUCUGAAGGCCUGUGUUCAUCUCAUCUCAUGUCGUAUUCAAUCGUUUGCAAAGUCGCAUGCAUGGUGUAGGCCAUUAGGGCUAAGGGGAAGACCUAUAAUCAUCCAGGUUGAGGUCUUCUCUGAACACUGGCGUCAGCAAAUGCUUGCCUUGCCGGGUGGCUGGUGUGCAGGCUGCUGACCGUCAAUCUGCUGGGUGUGUACUUCUGUUCCGUGGAGCUGCUGGCUGUGUACUUCUGUUCCGUGGGGACGAGAGUGCAAUGCCGAGCGGAAAUCGUGUUUGGUGGAUGGGUAGUGAGGAUCGGCCAUAUGAAUGUACAACGGAUGUACAAUGUACUCAGCGUUGGUUGAUGACGCCUGCAGACUAUGCCGAGCAUCGUAUCUCAUGAAGCACAAGAGCGACGCAACGAUCUGGGAACUGCCAGUCAUUAGGGGUAGUUGCUGAGCGGCAGUUGUUGAGUGUCUUGUUUGCUGAUUGAUGGUCACGUUUUCUGGGAGAUUCACAUAGGGCAUCCCUAUGUCUCGGCACCCUUGAUGCAGAAAGUAAUGAUAACUAACCAGAGCAGACAGGACGGAUACUAUGUGUUUCGUGACUUUGGCUUUCUGAGGUUCAUCGAGGUGGCAGGCAAGUCCUCUGGUGUUUCAUGGAGUGGUGAGGCAUGUCCUGAAGAUUCCACAAACAGGAUACUGCAGUUUGGAUGGAGAACUACAGGGGAGAACAACUUGGAAUGGAAAAGAGGGGAGUCAGCUGUGAGGGAGUGAGGGGAGCAUGCAAAGCCAACACAGAGAUCUGCAGCAUGAGAAGAUACACACUUGUUUAUGAAAAUAAUAAAUGCGACCAAGAGGA